AAAAUUAUAAACAACUUUGAUUUCUUUCUUUAUAGUUGUAAAUACAUUGAAAUAAAAUCAUGAGAAAGUUAAGUAUUUUUCCUUCAUUAUAUUAGAGUGGAAUAUGCCAAGUAUUGGGUAUUUGGAUUUAUUUAAGUGAAGCUACAGUUGGCAAAUUUAAGAGACUAAUAAACUAUCUAAGACAAGAUUAAGGCUUAAUUCCCACUAAUCUCUGAUUUUGAUUCCACUCUUCGUUCCGGCAAAUCGUCGAACAUUCUACAGGCAAAUGAGUUUCCUCCAUUAUUCGCCAAGAAUCUUCUCGAAAUUACCAUUCUCCACCGCCCCUUAUAUUCAUCAAACACUAUUUUCGCUAUAAUCGUUCAAUCAACUUUCCAAUUUUGAUUCAUCUCUCAGCAGAAGCAGUUCUACAGAUUCCAAUUUCUACUGUACAUCUCAACAAUCCAGCUCGCAGCAAUGGCCGACGACCACGCCGUCACGCUUUACAGCAGCGCCGCCAUUACUGACGCCAAGAAGAAUCCCUUCUCUCUCAAAGUCGGCAUGGCGCAGAUGCUCCGCGGCGGCGCCAUCGUGGAGGUCACCACCCUGGAUCAAGCUAAAACCGCGGAGUCCGCCGGCGCCUGCUGCGUGAUCGUCUCCGAUCCGCCGCCGCCGCGUGGCGGGAUCUCACGCAUGGCGGAUCCAUCGCUGAUCAAGGAAAUCAAGCAGGCGCUGUCGAUUCCGGUGAUGGCGAAGGCGCGCGUCGGCCAUUUCGUCGAAGCGCAGAUUCUGGAGCAGAUUGGGGUCGAUUACAUCGACGAGAGCGAGGCCCUGGGCGUAGCCGAUGAGAAUCACUUCAUCAAUAAGCACAAUUUCGGGGUGACGUUCGUCUGCGGCUGCCGCGAUUUGGGGGAGGCGCUGCGGCGGGUGAGGGAGGGCUCCGCCAUGAUUCGGACACAGGGGGAAAUUAACGGAUUAGGGAAUGUGGCGGAGACGGUGCGGAGCGUGAGGAAAGUGAUGGGGGAAAUUAGGGUUUUGAAUAACAUGGAUGAGGACGAGGUUUUCGCCUUUGCGAAGCGCAUUGAGGCGCCUUAUGAUAUCGUGGCGCAGGCGAAGCAGAUGGGGCGGCUGCCGGUGGUGCAUUUUGCCGCCGGAGGGAUUGCAACGCCGGCUGAUGCUGCGUUGAUGAUGCAGUUGGGGUGUGAUGGUGUGUUCUUGGGGCUGGAGGUUUUCGACUGUGAUGAUCCGUACAAGAGGGUUCGAGCCAUUGUGCAGGCCGUGAGGAAUUACAAUGACCCAAUGGAGCUGGCACAGGCAAGCAGUGGCUUGGAGCACGCCAUGGCCGGGUUGGAUCUUGAUGAGAAUAGUGUCGAGAGGUUUGGAGCUGGAGAUGCUUACUGAUUCUGUGUUUCUUACUGAAGCGACAUGAACCUUCAGAUUCUCGUUAGCAAGCCGUAGUAAGUAGUGCUACGAGAUGCAAAAGGGUAGGAAGAGUGGUAUAAAAAUUUGGUGAGCUUAGAUGCAAACUCUGGGCUAUUGAAUGAAAGAAAUGGCAGCAUAUAGUAAUUGCUCUGCAGCAGGUCCUAAGUUUUGUCGAGCCAUUUAUGCAGCAAAGGGGGCCUUGGAAUGAGUAUGAUGAGUGAAUGAUCCAUUUUUAUCCUUACCCAAUAAAUGAGCAGACCUAAUUAUUGUACUAAUUGUUAUUCUAAAAGUACUUGGUAAUAUAAUUGUGUCUGGAUUUAUAAUUA